AUGUGGACCUUCUUGGUGCUUACCCUUACCCUCGCUCUUAGGCUAUUCGAAGCGAACAAUGACACAGUAGGUGAAGAAAAGCUCGUUAUAGCCAGAGCUAAACUGCUGGCUCCCAGUGUGGUCGGAUGAAGCAUAAAGAAAAUGCCUGAGCUCUAUCAUUUUCUCAUGGAGCGAAUGGCUUUAUACCACAACUUGGAAUAUGAUUCAUCGGAAGAGAAGAAACCCCGUCUGAUAUUCUACAAUGAAAAGGAUGAGAUUGUUAAGACUGUUUCUGUGAAGAAAAUGAAGGCAGACGAGAUCAGCAGCUUGUUAGACUCACUCGGCUUCUACAAGAGGUCCAAGAAAGGGGAAGAGGUGCCAGAGGAGUUUCAGCAUUUUCCCCUGCGCGCCCCCAGGGACGAGCUGUGA